UGCGUUGACGCUCUCACUUUACGAGUCUCCACAACAACAUAACUGUUAAGAACGAUGGCUUUGGCAAAAGUGAAUCGAAUAUGGUAUGAUCGACUAGAGGACAGGCAGAAAGAACCGCAAUGUAUAUACGAUUUGACGUUCAGUCCUGAUGGAACUCGACUUGUYGCAGCUGCUGGUAAUGUAGUUUUGGUUUAUAACACAGCAGAUGGGGAGAUCAUUGAUAUGCUGAAAGGACAUAGGAGCACAGUCUACUGUUUGUCAUAUGAGAAUACAGGUAAAAGGUUUGCAUCUGGUGGUGCRGAUAAAAGUGUUGUAAUUUGGACGUCAAAGCUUGAGGGGAUACUCAAAUAUACUGUAACACAUGUGACAUUGUCAAAAGAAUCAAUCCUUCUCACACUUGAAAAAAUUGAACAGAAAUUAGAGUGCAACCUCUUAGUUGUGUGUGCAAGUCACAUCAUUCUUUGUCAAGAGAAAAGACUACAAUGCUUGUCUUUUAAUGGACACAAGGAAAGAGAGUGGGUUAUGGAGUCUCUUAUUCGAUAUAUCAAAGUUAUUGGUGGACCAGCCUCUAGAGAGGGUUUGUUAGUAGGACUAAAGAAUGGCCAGAURAUGAAGAUUUUUGUCAAUAACCCUUUCCCUGUAUCUCUACUAAAACAAGAAACAAGUGUAAGAUGCCUGGAUCUCUGUGCCAACCGUGUAAAACUGGCUGUUGUGGAUGAGAACAGUGCAUGUCUUGUAUAUGACAUCAACACCUCAGAACUGCUUUUCCAGGAACCUAAUGCUAACAGUGUGGCUUGGAAUACCCAUAAUGCUGAUAUGUUGUGUUUCUCUGGAGGAGGAAUGCUGAACAUUAAAGCAAGUAAUUUCCCAGUCCAUCAACAAAAGRUACAGGGUUUUGUUGUUGGGUUCAGUGGAUCCAAGAUCUUUUGUCUUCAUGUUUACACAAUGUCUGCAGUGGAGGUUCCUCAGUCUGCUCCAAUGUACCAAUAUUUAGAGAAGAAGUUGUUCAAGAGUGCUUACAAAGUAGCAUGCCUGGGUGUUACUGAAGGAGAUUGGAUGGCACUUGCCRUGGAGGCAUUAGAGGGGCUUGAUUUUGACACAGCAAAAAAGGCCUUUAUCCGUGUGCGUGACCUGAGAUACUUGGAGCUUAUCUACAACAUUGAGGAAAGGAAGAAGAGAGGAGAGACUGAUGAACAAGCAUUCRUGGCUGAUGUCUAUGCUUACCAGGGUAAAUUCCAUGAAGCAGCCAAGCUUUACAAGAAAACAGCAAAUGAUGACAAGGCCAUGGAGAUGUUUUCAGACCUCAGACAAUUUGAGUAUGCAAAGGAGUUUCUUGGUACCAGUGAUCCUAAGAAUGUCAAACAGCUUAUCAAGAAGCAGGCYGAGUGGUGUGAAACAACCAAUGAUCCCAAGGCUGCUGUCGACAUGUUUCUUGCUGCAGGAGAGAAUCUUAAAGCUAUUGAAAUCAUUGGUGAACAUGGUUGGGUAGACAAGUUGCUGGAAGUUGGUCGCAAUCUCAACAAAGCUGAUACUGAGUGCAUCGAUAGAUGUGCUUAUUACUURAAGCAACAUGAACAGCAUGCUUAUGCAACUGAGAUGUACCUCAAGAAGGGUGACAAUAAAGCCUUACUUCAGCUCCAUGUAGAAACACGACACUGGGAUGAAGCAUUUGAAAUGGUGGAAAAACACCCCGAAUUCAAGGAUGAUGUCUAUGUACCUUAUGCCAACUGGUUGGCUGAGAACGACAGAUUUGAUGAAGCACAAGAAGCAUUCCACAAGGCUGGACGUCGUGAUGAUGCGGUUCGUGUUCUUGAUCAACUGUGUCAGAAUGCUGUUGUUGAGAAUAGAUUCCAGGAUGCUGGCUACUAUUACUGGAAAACCUCAGUGCAAUGCCUGGACCUGGCUAAAGGCGGUGAUACAGGAGAACCAGUAGACUCRAAUAUGCUUGAGAAAUUCCAUCUAUACCAAGAYAAAGCCGAAAUUUACUACCUGUACCACUCRAUACAUCGCUACACGGAUGAGCCGUUUACGUCACAUCUUCCUGAAACCUUAUUUAACAUCGCUCGUUACUUACUGCAUCUACUAAUACGUGAAACACCAAUUGGAGUGUCCAGAGUUGCAACGUUGUUGGCCCUUGCAAAACAGAGUAAAAAUCUUGGUGCGUACAAAAUGGCGAGGACGGCGUACGAUAAGCUACAGUCUCUUAAAAUCCCGCCUCGUUUCCAAGAAUCAAUAGACAUUGGGAGUAUCACAGUACGAUCCAAACCUUUUCACGAUAACGAGGAUCUUUUACCAAUGUGUUAUCGAUGUUCAACCACUAAUCAGCUGCUAAAUAAUAAAGGAAACCAGUGUAUUAACUGCAGGCAACCGUUCGUGUAUUCAUUCUCGUCAUUCGAGGUUCUUCCACUGGUCGAGUUCGUCUUAGAAGAUGGGAUAAGCGACGCUGAGGCAGUCAAACUUAUCGAAGCCGAGCCCUCCACGACAAACCAAAGGAAAAAGGAUUUAUCCAAAUGGAAAGCUACCGAUAUGGGCAAUGUACAAACACUUACCRUAAAUGACAUGCCGCUGGACGACGAGGAAGAAGAUCCAUUUACUGCCAAACUCAUGACGUUUGAGCAAGGAGGGAAUGACUUUGUCCCUGUACGUGUGGGACGUUCAACUCUCAAUUCUAUGAAUAGAGACGAAGUMAUCGUCAAGAAAUGGCCUAAACCCUUAGAUUAUCAGUAUUAUCGAUCUCUAAUGCCUGAUGUAUCGAUAACUUUGUGUGACUCUUGCAAUAGGGUUUUUCARACGGAAGACUUCGAGCUGAUGGUUUUACAGAAGAACUGCUGUCCAUUUUGCAGAAAACCUGCUGACACCCUCUAACCUUCAGGAGUCCUGUGGUAAACGUGGACCGAGAGAAAACUGAGGAGAAACGCGCCCUAUCAUAUUUUAUUAAACUAAAGAAAGCGAAUACUGAAAGACCUUGAAAGACCUUUAURCURUUGUGUUGUAAUAAUAAGUGAGUCACCAGAUCGCUCACCCSGUUGUAUUUAAAGUACAAAGUCCAAUCAAAGGCCACCGGAAGCAAAAUUUCACAUGAUAAACGAACGAGGUUUAGAAUCAUACGAUUUUAAGGGGUUUGAGCCAAAAUAGUUUUAUAUUACAUCGUAAAUUUUUAAUUCGUUCAGUAGACAAAGAAAACAGAUUUCAUGCAUGACUAGAAAGGCAGAUGUUCACGUUUAACCACAGAACGCCGAUUCACCGAGUUGCGACUUGUCUCAGUGAUUUUGUGAGGCAAAUUUGUUGUAUAAAUUAUGUAUAGAAAUUGGUUGUAAUAUAGUGUAUGAAAUAAAAGUUCUUUAUAACGACAA